ACGUGUAUAGAAAUAAAGCGAGUGGAAAAGUAGGUUGAAUAGUGGCGAGUGGUACUGGGUUGGUCUCAAUAAAAACGAGGCUUUGAAAGUAAAUGAGAAGCGUAGACCGCUGCGCUCUUGUUCUUCUUCUGCCUUCUUUCUUUUUUCUACUUGUUAUUUUUGGUUCUUCUCUCUGUCUUGAGCUAUUCUUUUGCCUUGUAAUUGCUAGACCUUAAGCUCGUCUUCUUUUUUUUACUUUCGGUCUUCUUCUUCUUGGGGGAGGCUUUUGAUGAAUUUAUCAAAUCAAGCAUCUCGAUCAGUUGUCCAAAUUUGGUCUACUUUUUUCUUAUUAAUAUAUUUCAGCUCUUGCAUUUCAAUCUCUGCUAUCAGUGGUGCAUUGAGGGUUUGACUGUUUCUUGAGCGGAUAUUUUGGCUUACGGGCUCCGAUUCAGCUUAAACAAUCCGGGAUCCCGAAUAAUUGCAUUUCUAGGGUUUGCUAGCAGCUCGAAGGCUUUUCAUUUUUCGUAACUAUAUUAAGGGCAUAUCCUGAAGAGAUUGCACCAUCAAAUGAGUUAAGAGUUUGGUCUAAGGAGAGUUGCUUAUCCUGAUUUUAGCUUUUGGGGUUCCAUUCAUGAUUGGAAAAAAAAUGGUAGAGGGGCCUAAAUUUACUGGACUUAUGGGAGGAACCAACAACAAUGACAACAAUUACUAUGAUUUUACUCAAGGGUUUUACCAAAAACUCGGUGAGGGCACAAACAUGUCUGUUGAAAGUUUACAGACGAGUAAUGCUGGUGGGUCUGUGUCCAUGUCAGUCGAAAAUAGUAGUGUGGGCUCAAAUGAUUCUCUAACCCACAUUUUAAGCCACCCUGGUCUAAAGCCUGUGAAUCGCCACAAUUAUUCUGUCUCUGUGGGGCAGAGUGUGUUUCGUCCUGGUAAGGUUGGCCAUGCACUUAAUGAUGAUGCAUUAGCACAAGCAUUGAUGGAUAGUAGGUAUCCAUCAGAGGGAUUGCCGAAUUUUGAUGAGUGGACUAUUGAUUUAAGAAAACUCAAUAUGGGUACAGCUUUUGCUCAAGGAGCUUUUGGGAAGUUAUACAGAGGUACAUAUAAUGGUGAGGAUGUUGCGAUUAAGAUAUUGGAAAGGCCAGAGAAUAGCCCAGAAAGGGCACAAGUUAUGGAGCAGCAGUUUCAGCAGGAAGUUAUGAUGCUUGCAACACUGAAACAUCCAAAUAUUGUGCGAUUUAUUGGGGCAUGCCGUAAGCCAAUGGUUUGGUGCAUUGUGACAGAGUAUGCAAAGGGAGGCUCAGUUCGACAGUUUCUAACGAGGAGGCACAAUCGUGGUGUGCCAUUGAAAUUGGCAGUUAAGCAGGCAUUGGAUGUUGCCAGAGGAAUGGCCUAUGUGCAUGGGCUUGGGUUUAUUCACAGGGAUUUGAAGUCAGAUAACCUUCUAAUAGCUGCUGAUAAAUCGAUAAAGAUUGCAGAUUUUGGUGUCGCACGUAUUGAGGUGCAGACUGAGGGCAUGACACCAGAGACAGGGACAUACCGUUGGAUGGCUCCAGAGAUGAUACAACAUAGGCCCUACACGCAAAAAGUAGAUGUGUAUAGUUUUGGAAUCGUCCUUUGGGAGCUUAUCACUGGUUUGCUUCCUUUCCAGAACAUGACCGCUGUGCAGGCAGCAUUUGCUGUGGUGAACAAGGGUGUAAGGCCAGUUAUUCCAAAUGAUUGUCUCCCUUUGCUGAGUGAGAUCAUGACCCGUUGCUGGGACACUAACCCAGGAGUUCGUCCUCCCUUCCCUGAGAUUGUGAAGAUGCUUGAGAAUGCCGAAAGUGAGAUAAUGACAACUGUUCGUAAGGCCCGCUUCAGGUGUUGCAUGACUCAACCUAUGACAAUCGACUGAUCCAGAAUAUAAGAAUGAAGAACAGAUGACAAAGGAAAAGAGGAUAUAAAUGAAAAUGAAAAGGAAAAACAGCAGUAAGAAUUUAAAUAUAAGUUGGUGUAUGUAUCAGUAUUUAACUUUUUUCAUUUCCCUUUAUUUUCCAGAUAGGAGAAGGUAACUAUUUGGACUGCUGGUUUCUGGGUUUUGGUGUCAAAUGUACUUGGACUAGUGGUAUUGUAGGUUUAGUGGUAAGGGGAUCAUUGAUGUGGUUUCCCUCUGUAGCUAUAUACAUGGGCCUGCCAUUUCUUUUACUCUUUGAUUGUUUAAAUGCUGGUUCUCAAUCGGAUCAACGUUUAUUUUGGUUUUAUUUGUCACUUUUUUAUUUUGCUUAGGGAUUUUCAGCUGAUGUUCGCUGGUGCUGAUUAGUGCAUGGUAUUUGUAGGAAUGUUUAUUUCUGCUUAAUGGUUAUUUUGGUGAGGAUA